AUGUCCGGCGCGUCUGCAGCUUCCCCCUCGACGUCCGCGACAGCGAGCGCACCGCUCCUCGCUCAAGGCGACUGGACAAAGAACCUCGUUCACCUCGCGAAGACUGCAGAGUUAAAAAAGCAUGCCUUGACACUACAACUACAUACUGCGCAUAUUCUCUCCUCGCAUGCGAUGCUUGAGCAGAAGAACAAAGCGAUCCAGGAUCUGAAGGAGCAGAGAAACAGGUUGGAGAGUGAGCGUUUGAGGCUUCUCAAUUGCUUACGGGAGGUCAACGAAGAUCGAGACAAGACCGACCUGCUGGAAGCGACAUUAAGUCGAGAAUGUUCAGACCUCCACCACAAGAUCCAAAGCAUCACAGAUGGUGAGUACGCCGUCGCGAAGCAAGACGUUGAUAGGCUGCGGCAAGAGCUGGGCCAGCCCCCUCUACCGAGCCUGCAGAGCACGUUAGAGGAGAAGUCCGCACAAUACCUCAAGGAGCUCCGCCUGCAGUCCGAGGCAGCUGUUGGUAUCAAGCGCGGCGGGGAUGACCUUGGCGGCGACGGCCAGCCGUCAGGCAAGCGUCCCCGCGGCCGGCCGAAGGGGAGCAAGAACUCGAAGAAGGGGAAGGCGACUGCACCCACAGAAGGAGUCUCCGGUGCCCCAAGUGCCUAG